CACAAGACAACGAAGGUCUUCUUCGGAAAGAAGCGACUAUAAAAGCAAGAGGCCGCCUUCCACCGGCAGACACUCACUCACAAGUGGCCACGGUGAACACCCACGAGCAACAAUGAAGUUCUUGGUAAUUGUGCUGGUGGCGGCUUCUGCUUGCGCUGCUGCAAUUGAAAAGCGAGAUGCAGAGCCAGACCAUGGGUAUCGCAACUACUACCCUUACUACCCAAGACCCUAUGGUUACAAUCACUACCCUCACAAGAGAUCUGCCGAGCCAGAACCAGAGGCUGAGGCUUCCCCCUCCUAUGGAUACUACCCUGUCUACCAUUCUUAUCCUCACCAUCACGGAAAGAGGUCUGCCGAUCCUUACGCUUAUGCUGAGCCUUACCCUUAUCCUUACCCCUAUGCAGAACCUUCUAAUAACUAUGGCUACUAUGGCUAUCCUGGCCCAUACUACGGUACCUUAUCAGGCUCUUCUAUAGACCUUUCCUACCCCCAGCAAGAAAAAAGAACAACAACAAAGUGGUAUGUAGGCUUACUCCCAGAACACUCACUCACAAGUGGCCACGGUGAACACCCACGAGCAACGAUGAAGUUCCUGGUAAUUGUGCUGCUGGCGGCUUUUGCUUGCGCUGCUGCAAUUGAAAAGCGAGAUGCAGAGCCAGACCAUGGGUAUCACAACCACUAUCCCUACUACCCAAGACCCUAUGGUUACAAUCACUACCCUCACAAGAGAUCUGCCGAGCCAGAACCAGAGGCUGAGGCUUCCCCCUCCAAUGGAUACUACCCUGUCUACCAUUCUUAUCCUCACCAUCACGGAAAGAGGUCUGCCUAUCCUUACGCUUAUGCUGAGCCUUACCCUUAUCCUUACCCUUACGCAGAACCUUCCAAUAACUAUGGGUACUAUGGCUAUCCUGGCCCAUACUACGGUUAAGGAGAACUUGACUGCUGGUCUCAGUGGAGCAUAAAUAUGGAUUUUCUGUUGUUGCUGAUUCCGAAGUGUUUCAUGUAAAGACAAACGAUUGAAUUAAAAUACAGCAAAAUCUA